GUUGAGCGGCGGCUGGCGAAGGCAUCGCGUCGGUUCUUUGUAUAUAAACUCCGACGUAUAUAGUAUAUACAUCGUACGCAGUACACAGACGUAUAGACUGUCGCGCGAAUUAUAUAUAUACACAUAGCUCCGUGUAUAUAGCGGAGCCGCGCCAGUGCCUCGUCCUCGCGCUUUACAUUAUACAUAUAUAUACACACAUAUACGUGUGCGUGCGCCUAUAUGUAUAGGGUAUAUUUUUACUAUAUACAUAAUAUGCAAGUGUGUGCGUUCGCGAGUCACCGCGAGAGCUAGUGCGCUGCUGCUGCUACUCCGCUACUGCUGCUGCUGCGCUUAUAUAUUUCGCAUAGAUAGCCUGCAGACCGAACCAGCGGAGAGAGAGAAGAUGGCCGACGACCGUAUCGAGGCCUUGGAUGCAUGGACGUAACACGACACUACACAGCUCUCAGCACUUGAUAUCAGACUGAGCCGAAGGAUUAGCAGAGAAAAUAUACAGCCCGAGGAUUUUCAUUUUUCGCCAGAUCCAGCAGCAGACAUUUUUACCGUUGUUGAUCCGAUCGUUUCGGAGCAGCAGCCACCACUAUUUUAUUCCACAUCUCUGUCUCUUUCUCUCGCUCUCUGAUCAAGUGCCCGUAGUGUGUAUAUAGUAUACACACACACACACACACACACACACACUCGUAGCAUUAUAUUGUACUUUACGACCUAUCCGAUCGCCACAUCUGUAAUCUGCACUUUUUUACGUUCGACAUCGACGUAAAUUAUAUACGCGCAUAUGCAUCCAAAUGCGUCAGAGUUGAUGUUUGCAUGCGAAGAAUCGACGACGGCUUUUCGACGAAGGGACGGCGUUAAAAAGAAAAACACAGAAAGCGUGUUACGACAAAAGACUUUCCAUUGAAAUUGCGAAAGUAUAUUGUGUAUACGCUUAACGCACAAAGUAUAUAUAGCCUAUUCGAGUGAUCAGUGAUAAGUUUUCUUCUCUUUCUCUCUCUACUCGUUAUUCCAAAAGCCGAAAGUCUUGUUGCAACCAUUGGGAUUUGCUGCUACUGUCUGCGGCGAAGAAGAAGAAAAAUAGCGUAAAAAGAAGAUAGAAAAAAACGAGAGAACUCGAGUGCGCGAGAUAGUGCAAUAUUCCUGCGACCCGGGGACGGUGCACAUUAGAUAUAGAGCUCUUGGCCGAGCACCAACCAGCAGCUCAGCUGCACCGGUCUAGUUGACUCGCUGCUCUCCUCGUACUCCCGAGGUGAUAUUCGAACGAUCGAGGCGCAGACCAAGAACAUUUUUUGCAGAAAACACACGGACACGGAGCAUUUUAUCCGAGAGAUUGUGCACAGCAUAUCUAUACGUCUCGUCGAGCAAUACAUAUAUCGUGUACGCAUGUAUUUAUGUCGUGCAGUGUUCCAAUUGUGCGUCGUGUGACAACUCGCUCGCUCGCGAGUUUCUCGUCGUCGUAAGUGUUCGUGUGCUUACAUUAUUAUACACCGUAUACGUGUGCGCGUGUGUGAGACAGAGAGAGAGAGCGAGCUGCAGCUGCGCUCGGUUAGCACGACCAAAUUUUACGCCUCUACGCGUAUUUGAACAACAAAACAACAAUAACAAUAAUUGAGGUGCGAUCAUCGAAUUGAGAAAGAAAAACUCGAUCAUCAUGCCGAGCGCAUCGUUCACGUCGUCUAGGAGCUACGUCAGGCGAUCCAGGCGGAAAGGCAUCAACAGAAUACCUUUGCCGUCCAGGACUAGUUCUGCUGAACCGUGUGACUUACCAUGUGCUGGAGGAGCAAAUCAAAUUCCUCCAGGUGGAGGAGGUAUUGGUAAUGGAAAUAGAGGAUCAUCUCCCAGCGUGUCGGGAGUAGCUGCUCCAUCUCCUUCACCUUCACAUUCAUCUCCUUAUGAUUUGAGACGUAAAAGUCCACCUCAUCCUGACCCAGCACCAGGUACAAGUUCUGCAUUACCUCCUUCAGGAGGAGUUUCUUCAGCAUGUGGGUCUUCUUCUCUUCCUGCCAGAAAGCGUCCCAGGCGGAUGUGUUCAACAUCAUUAGAUGGUUUAAGUAAUUCUCCAACAGCAGCUCAUUAUCUUCAGUAUGAACUCCCCGAUGAGGUCAUUUUAUCCAUUUUCAAUUACCUGACGGAACAGGACCUAUGCCGUGUGUCACAAGUUUGCAAACGUUUUCAAGUGAUUGCCAAUGACACUGAAUUAUGGAAAUCAUUGUACCAGAGGGUUUACGAGUAUGACUUACCCUUGUACAAUCCAGCAACGUGCAAAUUCGAGUUUAUUGCACCUGAAGACUCGGAGUAUCCGAACCCGUGGAAAGAGAGCUUUAGGCAACUUUAUCGAGGCGUUCAUGUACGUUUAGGCUAUCGAGAACCACCUCCUCCAUCGUCACCAACGACAUCGCAUCGUGAUUCAACUAAUAACAGAGAAUCGAUCUCUCUCCCGAGGCCGCGAAUUCCCUGUUUUGGUACCAUACAAGCGGCUCUAGAUUAUAUAGAAGAAUUCCGUAAUACCGCCAGCAAUGUAUCGAGUCCAAGCAGUAACAGCAAUGGUGGUAACAACCAAGGUAACGGAAAUCUCAACAGUUCUGGAAGCAACGCAAGUAUUGCCAGCAACAACAGCAACAGUAAUGGCAGCAACAGCAGCAGUAGCAAUAGCAACACCUCUAACAAUAACGAUGAUUUGCCGCAACAACAUCUGGUAUUUUUGCAUUCAGGCACGUACCGAGGUGAAUUUUUGGUCAUCGACAGUGACGUAGCGCUAAUAGGCGCAGCGUCGGGUAACGUCGCUGAGUCCGUGAUCCUCGAACGCGAAAGUGAAUCGACCGUCACAUUUGUUGAGGGCGCGAAACGAGCCUACGCCGGUCACUUGACGUUAAAAUUCACUCCUGAUGCAGCAAGCACGGUAACUCAUCACAAACAUUACUGCCUCGAGGUGGGCGAAAAUUGUAGUCCCACCAUCGAUCAUUGUAUUAUUAGGAGCUCUAGUGUUGUUGGUGCUGCUGUAUGCGUGUCCGGUAUGGGGGCGAAUCCCAUCGUAAAAAAUUGCGAUAUCUCAGACUGCGAAAACGUUGGAUUGUAUGUCACGGAUUACGCACAAGGUACCUAUGAGGAUAAUGAGAUCUCAAGAAAUGCUUUGGCCGGCAUUUGGGUGAAAAACUUCGCAAAUCCGAUAAUGCGACGAAAUCACAUCCAUCACGGACGCGAUGUCGGUAUCUUUACGUUCGACAAUGGCCUCGGCUAUUUCGAAAGCAAUGAUAUCCACAAUAAUCGAAUUGCGGGCUUCGAAGUAAAGGCUGGAGCUAACCCAACAGUUGUACACUGUGAAAUUCAUCAUGGUCAAACUGGUGGAAUCUAUGUGCAUGAAUCUGGAAUGGGUCAGUUUAUCGACAACAAAAUUCAUUCUAACAAUUUCGCGGGUGUAUGGAUAACGUCGAAUUCGAAUCCGACAAUCCGUCGCAAUGAAAUUUACAACGGACACCAAGGAGGGGUUUACAUUUUUGGAGAGGGUCGAGGUCUCAUCGAGCACAAUGACAUUUACGGCAACGCGUUGGCUGGCAUUCAAAUCAGAACGAACUCUGAUCCUAUUGUUAGACACAAUAAAAUUCAUCAUGGUCAGCAUGGUGGAAUUUACGUGCACGAAAAGGGCCAAGGUUUGAUAGAGGAAAAUGAAGUUUUCGCUAAUACACUGGCCGGAGUUUGGAUAACCACUGGUUCCACACCAGUGUUACGACGGAAUCGGAUACACAGUGGCAAACAAGUCGGUGUAUACUUUUAUGACAAUGGACACGGAAAACUUGAGGAUAAUGACAUUUUCAAUCACUUGUACUCUGGCGUUCAAAUUAGAACUGGAAGUAAUCCUGUUAUUCGUGGUAACAAGAUUUGGGGUGGUCAAAAUGGCGGAGUCUUAGUUUAUAAUAGUGGCUUAGGCUUAUUAGAACAAAAUGAAAUAUUCGAUAAUGCAAUGGCUGGCGUAUGGAUCAAGACCGACAGUAAUCCAACGCUGAAAAGAAACAAAAUUUUUGAUGGCAGAGACGGAGGAAUUUGCAUUUUUAACGGUGGCAAAGGCGUGUUAGAAGAAAACGAUAUAUUUAGAAACGCGCAGGCUGGAGUGCUUAUCUCAACACAGUCGCACCCGGUGCUAAGAAGAAAUCGAAUCUUUGACGGUCUUGCUGCUGGCGUUGAAAUAACGAAUAAUGCCACUGCCAUAUUAGAGUUUAAUCAAAUUUUUCAUAAUAGAUUUGGUGGUUUGUGUUUAGCGAGUGGAGUGCAACCGAUUGUCAGAGGUAACAAAAUUUUCGACAAUCAAGACGCCGUCGAAAAAGCUGUCGGUAAUGGUCAAUGUCUUUACAAAAUAUCGUCUUAUACGUCUUUUCCAAUGCAUGACUUUUAUCGUUGUCAAACUUGUAACACUACGGAUCGAAACGCUAUCUGUGUCAACUGUAUUAAAACCUGUCACGCAGGACAUGAUGUGGAAUUCAUUCGACACGAUAGGUUCUUCUGCGACUGUGGCGCUGGAACACUGAGUAAUCAAUGCCAAUUGCAAGGUGAACCUACGCAGGAUACUGACACUCUUUACGACAGUGCAGCUCCCAUGGAAUCGCACACUCUUAUGGUCAACUAGGACCUAACGUAAAUCAUUAUAAUUACAUUAUCUAAGUCUUCAACACACGCUACAACAGGCGCGUAAAAUACUAUACACACUUAACGAAAAAAUUUAUCGACAUUCGCGUAUAAAUAAGUUGCGACAAAAAUGAAUUGACGAGAAAUAAUUAUGCGUGCAAACACGUUAUCGAGCAAAACGUUGUGUGUAUGCUUACUGCAGAGAUUCUCGCGCACAUCUGAUUUUUUUCAAACCACUUACACUUACACUUUUAUAAAUAUACAUAAAUAAAAGAAUAUACGUAUGUGAACGUAUAAAUAAAUGUACGUACAUCACGUACGUGUGUACAACUUGUGUACACACGCACCCAAGUGUCUCGGCACGUAAGCGUUAAUUAAUUAUUAUGCAAAAAACAAAUAGCUUUGCGAUUCGCAUGAUACGUGCAAGACAUAGAAGUAAAAAAAUCUGCCGUUGAAUCUGAUUUACUCGUCGAACUGUACUUAUAGAUGACUAUCAGAGAUUUUUUCUUAUCAAACUACGGUAGUAAAUUGUAUGUUGUCUUUAGAAGAGAAAAAAUAAAACAAAAAAGUUUAAUCAAAUUUUACAGCACGUAAAGUUUACUAAGUGACACAAAUAUCAUAUGACAAAUUUCUUUUGAAAUAUUGUAUCGAUGAGAAACGAAAUUUUUUAAAUUAUAAAAUCUUUAUAAUUUUUAUUUAUAACUCAUUGCUAUUUUUUAACAAAAUAAAUGUACAGCUUAAGAAAGUAGGAAAGAAAGAGUGAUUGAGCAAACUACUUGUGUAUGUAUCAUUUAUAAUCGAUCUAUUGCUUUAAGCUUACUGUUUAGGGCAUGAGUAUGAAUUUACAUUUUAAUGAAUUUUUCCAAGUGUACGGUGUUAAUCAUAAUUAUUAGACAAGCGCAAUCACGCUGACUUAUGUGCCACAUAUGUAAAUUUGUGUAUAAGCAAAAAAUUGAAGUGGACUGAUCGAAACAAAACUGAGACAAAAGACGAAAGGAAAUUGACACACACCGAUCGGUAUUAAUUAAAAUAUAAGCUUUUUGAGUAUGACUUUUAAUUCUACCACUGAAAAGUAAUCGAUGCACUUCAUCUGACGUGCUGCUACAGAUUUAAAUGUACGUUUUCAAAAUGUAAAUUUAACGAGAAACGAUCGAAGUUUUGAAAUUUUUUUAUUACACGCUUGAAUGUGAUAUACUCUAUGUAUAAUCAGAAAUAAUAAUAUUGAAUAAGUAAGAGUAAUUUUUUGCCGUAAUAAUCAAUACUAUUAUCGUGAUUAAUAUUGUAUCAUGAAUUAUCGUUCUGUCUGAAGAAAUUAUAAUUUUCUAAUUCUAUUUUGUGCAUCACGAUAAUUUGCGAUACGAUGGUCCUAAAACCGCCUAAGAAUGCGUAAAGUUUGUAAUUAAAUAGUAAGCAAUGAAAAGGUGAUUAUGAAAAUUAAAUGUAAUUAAUAUAAUAAUAAAUUAUAAAAACAAAGACGUUAAUCGGUGAUUAGUAAUAAUGCAAUUAGUGACUAUGUGAAUUUAGGAUUUUCAAGUUUAAAAAUACACCAUACUCGUGUAUUUUCAAAGAUGCUGUCCACUGAUAAAGUUUUUAAAACUAAUAACCUUUGAACUCUUGUUAAGCAUAAGCUGAUACACCUUUUUAACUGAAAAAUUACGUUAGUGAUAACGAGUAAACACGAGCACGUAUUGAGCAGAUUUAGUAAAGUUCACUCUAAACACAAAUCAUUGUUAUUAGUUUACAAAAGACGUUUCAAAGAUCAUUCUUAGCCCUCAAUAUACGAGGCAAUCAUUAUCGCGGACUCAUUUACACAUUAGCAAUGCAAAUGUUAAUUCGCAAAUCACAAAAUGGAACAUUCAAGACUGCCAGUAGUGAAUGGUUUUUCUUGUGUAUUCUCAUUAUGGUGGCACAAAUGUUAAUUUUAUUUCAACUGGUUUCCUGAAUGUUUCAACAUAAUUAUUGCUCUAGGUCAAUCUAUAUGUAUGUUAUAAGUGAAUGUACUUGUUAGUGCAAAACAGCAGUGUCAUAUAUAAUAAGUAUAUAAAAUAACCAAGUGUGAACAGCUAAGGAGUUUAUAAGUCGUGUGCAAUUUGCGGUUACUUUUUGACAUUUAUUCAAUCGUAUUUUCUUAUUAACUUUUUAUACUACCAGAUGAAAAUUUGUCUCGAAUGAUUUUUAAUUUUUUUCUUGACGAGCUUUUGUUUUCACAAAUACUGCGUUUGCAUUUGGAUUACUGUACAUUAUUUGUUGGGAGUUGUAUACGCUUAUAAAAAGUUCCCAGUUUAUUCACUAAGAUAAUGUAAUCAACACGAGUUUAUUUAAUCAUCGUUAUCAUUUCGACGGUCAUAGAUACAAGUUAAACUUUCGAUCGAAAUUUUUAUUUUUAAUUUCACAAAAAGUGUUCUAAAAAAAUACCUUGUAUUAUUUUGUUCACGAAAUUUAUAACCAAUUUUGUUAAACGAUGUUCUAAAAGUGAAAUAUUACAACUAUUUUUUUUUAAUAUUUGACUGUCGAUUUAUUUAAAUAUCAAUCAUUAAUUGCUUAUUCUUUAGAUUUAAAUGAUUUUCAUGUGUUGAUUUUUUCGGUUCAAAAUGUAUUAUUAUUAUUUAUGUUAGAUGAAAUUAUUUAAAGUGUGUAAAAUGUUAGAACGUAUAACUACGAAUAAUUCAAUUAUUAUUGGAAUUCCACUGUACCAAAAUUAACAUUAUUGAUGAUAAAUAUACAACAAUAAUGAUUU